AUGACCACAUCACACAGACCACAGUUAGAAGCAAGAAGUGGUGCAAAAGCGGCGGCUUAUACACCAACAGGUAUUGAACAUGCUAGAUUGCUACCGGGUCAUACAAAAUUGAAAUACAGAAAAUCUAAAGAAGAGUAUAAAUCUAAGCCAGCCAGUAUGCAAGAUGGGAGAAGUUAUGAUAAAUGCGUGAAGGAGGCAGAAGUGAGCAAAGAAGAACCGAAUCCUGUGGAGAAAGGGUUCUUGAAAGAAGCGCGUUAUGAUAAUGACCAAAGGGAUUCUUUGCAAGAACUCCCGAUCGUUCAAGAAGCUAAAGGUGAAAAUACAUUAAAGCUCGAACAGAAUGAGCAAGCCAAAGAGCGAACUUCAUCGAGGCGAUCAUGGAGGAAGGGCACGGCAUUCGGACAUCAUAAAGUCACGAAGGGUGUUGAUAUCAAGGACGAUGUCAUAAAGAAACCAAAAGCAGGAUACAUUAAUGAUAUGACAAAGUCUAAAUAUCAUCAUGAAUUUCUCCAUAAGCAUGUUAGAUAA